AUGGCGUCAUCCGCCCACCUAGGCGGUGCCAUUCGGUCCAAGCCGGUCAUCGACGAUGCCUACAGAGCGCUACACAGGAUUGCACUACAAAAACUGCCAGUGAUAGAUCUUGAUGCCGACACCUUCGCCGUAGGAGUGCUUCCACAUGAUAGAAACCCCACGGCUUGUCUGUCCGAAGAUUUUCUAUGGUUCAAAGUCAAAUCAAAACAUUCGGUUGGCAAGCUGAAGAACGCAUAUUUAAAACGGACCGAUGUCGGGGUUAACUUCAAGUAUGGCAACACAACCGCCGACGACGUGACACAGAUGCGUCACCUUGAUACCAUGAUCGACCACAUCGUUGUCUUCGCGGCUGUUGAUAUCAUGGCCGUCGAACCAUCCCCGUUGUGCACGUCAUACGAAGCACUUCCCCAGCUCGCCCUACUUCGACUUCCAAUUAAAAAGGAAAACCGGUAUGGACCCCACUUCCCGGUUGCCGCUGUUUCCCGAUCUUCAUUCCCUACUACUUUGAAUGUGCCUAAUGAAAUUAGACUACCACCACUUCUAUCAGAGCUUCCAGUCAUAGUUAAAAAUGAAUCCAGAAGGGCAUCCUCACCUGAGGGUCACGCCCAUGCCGUAUUCUCCGGCGUGGAUAGUGUAUUAGCAGCGCAGCUCCCUGCAGGCCACAAUAGUCCUCUUCGUAGCAAACCAACCUCUAAUCAUGGUCCACAAUCAACAACUGUGGACAUUUCCCAUAAUGCAGGAGAAGAUCAAAGUCGAACCGACAGCAUACUGAUGCAUGAAACACAAUCAUACAGGGAACCGAAGGCUAUGAAGCAAAUUGCACGGCUGCAGAUAUUAAUUGAAGAAGCAUCUCCUGACCAUCUCGAGACUGAAGUUCGGAACAGUCAAAGAUUCCUAGAGAAUCUGCGACAGGCAUUCGGCGAAAAGGGGUGCCAAUCUCCGAAUUCACAGCAUUGGGUCCAGCAAAUAUCAAAUCUACAAAAAAAACACAAAGUGGAUACUCCGACGAUUAUUGGAGUUGUGGGUAAUACGGGCGCAGGGAAGAGUAGCGUUAUCAAUGCUUUAAAGGAGGAUCUCGAAGAUGGUAAGACUGUAUGGGCUCCAUCGUCGAAGAAGCGAGGGAGAUCAGCAGAACCGAGCAAGGGAAGAAAGAAGCGGAAGUUGAUAAGAUCUACCAACUCUGAUGAAGGUGGCCCUAUUAAUGAUAGCGACGAUGAUGACGCCGAAGCUGGGGAUGAGGGCAGAAAUAGUCAGAUGAUAUCAGACUCGGGGAGUGACUCCUCCGCUGUUUCUAGAAAAGGCGACCCGCUGACACUGUUUACAAUUGAUGAGACGAUCUCUCAGUUGAAAGAAAACAAGAAGCGAGCUCGUCGGGAACGUGCUGAUAUGGAAGCAAAAGCUAAAAUUCUAAAUGAGCAACUUGCGAGUUUGGAAAAGACAAAAAAUGACCUAGAAGCAGCCAUGAGCUCCACCUGCAUUAUGCGCCGAAAUGCCUACUCUAGAAGCGCUAUUCAGGUUGACUUUGCCGCCGGGAUCAAAGAACUAGAUCAGGAAAAUGCUCAAGAGGCAGACGAAGCAAAUUUCAAUCCCGAUGAAGAUAUCAGAAACUAUGAAGAAGUGGCUCGGUCAUUGCCUGUCUUUUGUGUUAGCUCUCGCGCCUACCAAAAGCUCGGGCCGCCUGCAACGGGAUUCUGA